CCGGGAGUGGGUGCUUAAUUUUGUGCAUAUGAAUUUUUUUUGGCGUAGUUCUUCCUUCCAACGCCAUUUGCGGUUAUGGCCCAGAAAUGCUGGAUUCCAUCCCUAUGGUAGAUGGGAUCGGGCCCAUCUCCAGCAUGUGCAAAAGUGUUGCCGAUAGGAAUCACUGGAUGCCUUCUGACAGUCUGAGAAUGAACAAACAGAAAAAGCCGUACGUCGAGCAAACUGCAAACCUUGACCAGUUCAGCCCCGACAUUGUUGCUGAAACCUCAAAGCUGUUUGAGAAGAAGUUCCUGUACAGCAAACCACCCAACAAUGAAUGGCAGUUGCCAGAUCCCAGUCAGGCGUUCACCUGUGACCACAAAGAGUUCAGCUCCCUUGCUGCCCUGAAGAACUCCCUGAAUGAAGUCAAGAACUUGCUGAGUGACAAGAAGUUGGACCAAUGGCAUCAACACACAUCCUUCACCAACAAAGCAGGGAAAAUCAUCGCGCAUAUCAAGAAGUCAGUAAAUGCGGAGUUGUGCACCCAGGCUUGGUGCAAAUUCCAUGAGAUCCUGUGCAGCUUUCCCCUGCUCCCAAGCGACGCUCUCCAGAAUGGAGAACUCAACUCUCUCCAUCUGUGUGAAGCUCCUGGGGCGUUUAUCGCCAGCCUCAACCACUACCUAAAGUCUCACCGUAUCCCUUGCGACUGGAACUGGGUAGCCAAUACGUUGAAUCCCUAUUAUGAAGCAAACGAUACCCUCAUGAUGAUUAUGGAUGACAGACUCAUUGCAAACACCUUGCCCUGGUGGUAUUUUGGCCCCGAGGACACUGGGGACGUCAUGACGCUGAGACAUCUCACAGGACUGCAACACUUCAUAAGCAAUAUGGCCACAGUUCACCUGGUCACUGCUGAUGGGAGCUUUGAUUGCCAGGGAAAUCCUGGUGAACAAGAAGCGCUCGUUUCCUCUUUACAUUAUUGUGAAGCGGUCACGGCUUUAAUGACUCUUGGUCUUGGGGGCUCUUUUGUCCUAAAGAUGUUCACUUUGUUUGAGCACGGUUCUGUUAAUUUGCUAUUUCUCCUGAACGGCUCCUUUGAAGAGGUCCACGUUUUUAAACCUGCCACAAGUAAAGCUGGGAACUCUGAAGUAUAUGUCGUUUGCCUCCGCUAUCUCGGCAGAGAAGCUAUCCAUUCACUCUUGUCCAAAAUGAUGCAGAACUUUGGAACAGAAAUGGUCAAGAAAGCCCUCUUUCCACACCACUUAAUUCCUGAAUCAUUCCUUAAAGAACAUGAAGAAUGCUGUUCCUUCUUUCACAGGCAUCAAAUCGAGACCAUUUCUGAGAAUCUCCGGUUGUUCGAGAACAUGGGGGAGGUGGAGCAGUUGAGGCUAAAUCUUUUACGGGAUUGUGCUGUGGACUUCUUUUUGAAGAGGUUCCAAAUAAAACCCCUUGCCAGAAAUAACUGGAUAGUGAAGAGGCCCCAUGCUGGCUGCAGCAUGAAUGCCAAAUGGUGUGGGCAGAGGACUAAAUAUUUUUGUACCUACAAUGAAAGGAAGUGGCUGGAAUCCCUGUCAUGGGAAGAUAAAGUAGCCAAGGGUUGUCUCAAUAAAUGGGCCGAAGAACAUUCUUUCACUAAUGUUGGGGGAAACUGUGUUUUGGAAGGGGCACCAUGUAAUCUGGAAUGUCAUUUAUGGUAUAUUUUGGAAGGCCGGAGGUUGCCGGGUGUAAAAUGUUCUCCCUUCUGUGAUGGUGAAGUUCUAAAGAGCCUCAAUGAAGCUCUUGAGAAAUCUUUAGUUGGCAAAGCAAAUCUUGACUCGCUCUUGAGAUGGACACCGCAAGAGUGUCACUCUUGUGUUCUUGCGGAGUCAUCGGUGCUUUCUGAAUUGUCGCAGCUUAUGGGGUGUUAUGAAGAGGUUCCCAGUGAAAACUGCAUUGGCAGAAAAAAGUGUUUGGUUGCGGGCUUCCCAUUGCUUUGUGAUGGCGAUAGCCAAUGCGGCUUGGAAGUUACACUUCUGGAGUCGCCAUGUCUCUCGACUUUCAGCUGCUCUCUGCUUCACGACGGAGAGCCAAAAUACCAGCAACAGUUUCUGGAAUGCCUUCUGUGUUCGUUCCCUCAGCUUCAGAAAGGAGAUGCUCUGGUUCUGCCCGUUCUUUCCUGUUUUACACGCUUCAUGGCGGGCUUAGUGUUCAUAUUGCACAGCUGUUUCCAACGCAUCUCCUUUGUUUGCCCCACAUCGUCACAGCCAUUAAGGACUAGCACCAUUCUGUUAUGUGCCGGCUAUCAAGAUCUCCCAGACCCGGUUUUCCAAUACCUACAGCAAAUGAAUAACCUCAUGAACUCUUUGCUGGAUGCAGGCUCGCCACAGCAGGUCCUGCAGUUUGUGCCUAUGGAUAUUCUUCUGAAGGGGUCACUGUUGGAAUUUCUCUGGGACUUGAACACUGCAAUUGCAAAGAGGCAGCUACAUUUGAUUAUCCAAGCAGAACAGCAGCAAAUGAUGUGAUGUUAGCUUGAAAACACCAGGUUGAAGAUUGUCUUUCUUCUUUUAAAAUUUUAACCCUGGGAAAUCAUCCCCCACCCCUCCCCAUUUUAAUUAUAGGCUUGUUUAUUUGACAGUCAUACACUUGCCCUGUUGGUUUGCACUUCUGUUUACACACACCUUGAUGCAUUCAAACAUCUUGAGUUAAAUGUCAUUUACAAGAAAUAUCCAUGAACCAUGCUUGUGUCGGUCUUACACAUCUCCCUGGUUUCUCCCCCUUCCACUAACAGCAGUGGUGGUUGAACAUUGAGCCUGGCUGCCUGCGACAUAAAAUCACAGGUACUUGGUUUCCCCAGAGUUUAUUUUUGCAUCUGCUAACUGGGAUCCUAAGCCAGGAUUAAACCUUGCUUUAAGAAUCCUGCUUUGGGCUGCGGGAGAAGCUAACUGUAGUUAACCUGUACCCAGGAGCCAAGGGAAACCAGAGUUAAAUGAUCGUUCCUUCAUCACCCUCUGCACAAGGAGAGUAGAGGGUGGUGGCAGUCACAUGUGCGAGCUUGACAUAAAGCUGGGUUCAUGCACAUUUUUAAAAAAGUUUGGAUGCAGCCCUUGUGAACCCGUGCGGAGGGAGAGGGCUUCUUAAGCAAGCUUCAGAACUAAAUCGGUGAAGAAGAGGAGCUGCUUACUUUUCUUUGUCUUUUGUAAACCCUGUCCAGAAUCCAAAUCCACCAAACUUACUACUUGUUCUUAAGUGCUAUCAGGAUUCCUUCACUUGUCCCCUAAUCUUUCACCUUUGGCAGAUAAGCACAGUGGUUGUAUUCGGCUUAGAUGAUCAAUGUCCAAAUCUUAACGCAUUCCAUUGGCUCUUGCUGUUCUGAAUACUUGAUUGGUUCAUGUAGUCAGGUUCUUUCAUGUGAUCAUGUAUGGAGCACACCUGCAUGGAAAGAGCUUAAUGUGGACCAGGUUUUACACAUAAGGAGGUGACAGUCAAUUUUUGUGAUCACUUCUGCAUUUGUUGGUAUAGACCUGAAAGUAGUGUAAUUCCCUGAGAAUGCAACCUGGUUCACACUGUUUUUUUCUCCAGUGUUUUUGUUGACUGUCACGUUGAGGAACUUCACAGCAUUAAAAUCAGCUCCAUGUUUUUAUUUUCGGCAAGUACGUGCAGUUAAUUUUUCUGUUGCUUCGUUGGCUUGGCUGCAACAAAGCCUGGAAAGAUUUACUACACUACUACAUGACUUCAAUUCAUUGUGUUUUCUUUGGUUAACCGUGCUAACAGCCAACUAGUCAUUACUACUUUCAUGAUUGUCAGAUUAUUUGUUGUACAGAUAGAUUUACAGAAGCUCAGCAGUGGAGGCGAAGAAUUUAAAGUAAAAUUAAUUGUGGGAAACUGUCGCAAAGGUUAACAAACCUGUAUAGUGUGAUCAGAGGGAAGAAUUUGAAGCUUUUCUUGGGGCUGGGGCCAAACUACAUGUUACAUAGAGUUCCACUGCAUUUAUCUCCCUGACCCCAAAAUGAAAAGCAACUGGUAGAGGAAAGCCAGAGGGUGGUGUUGGUGGUGGUGGUAUGCUGGCUUAUUUGCCUGUUGGCAUUUUUCCUUAUUCAAAAAUUCCUUUCUUCCAAGUUUCAAAGGAUCUCUUUCCCCCAUCCUCCCCGAUGUCAGGAAACAUACUUUUUUGCGAGAAAAUGUAGCUGGCAGGUAAAGGGUUUAAGUACUCCCCCUUUUCUUUAUAAGCAACCCCAAGACAGCUUUUCAUUUAAAAAUCUGCUCAGAACUCCAUAUCAUGUAGAUAUCCAGCAGCGAGGACUUUCUGGUGGCGGAAAGCUUCCUAUUGUGGAAGCAGCCUUUUCAUUGGAAAGUUGUCUCCUGCUGGGAAGCCGAGAAAGUGCCUUAAAUGACUUAAUGCAUGAUCAUGCCUAGUUCUCUUGUCCAAGCUCUCUGCUAAAAGAGCAAUAGCUGCGCAAAUGUAUAAAGCUUUAUUUCAUAGACUGGUGGGCUUCUUGGAGAAUUGUGCUCUGAAAGUGUCUUGUACCCUUCACUAGACAUACUAAAGCAGUAGUGUGUCUGGAAAUGGAUCCCUGCCCAACAGCUGUAAAAAGGCAGGAAGGGGGGAUGUUGUGACUUGCGGAGAAGAAUUGGUGGGUGCAAAAAGGAAUGCUUUAUCCUCAACCCGCCACUGUUUUCUUGUGCCUCCUUUUUCAAUACUGGAAAAGCAAUGGCCGCACCAGUAGACAGAAGAAGAAACAACCAGGUGCAAGGUGGAAGAGUUUAUUAAGGUUUUUUGAUCCCUACAUUGGAGCUUCUUCAGGGGAUCUCCUAUGCACAUUUCACCUUUGAACCUUAAUUAACUCUUCCUCCUUGCACCUGAUUGUUUCUUCUUCUGCCUCCUCUUUCUGCCAUAUUUUCUCAAACCACAACACCUAUAUACAUGCUUUUUGCAGUGUGGGUAAAAGUGACAAAGAGGCAGCUGUAGGGAGGGAAGUAGGGUACAAAUUGUGCCUGUGUUUGACAGUGGCUAAUUCUGCACACAUUGGAUAAUGCACUUCCAAUCCUCUUUAUAGAUCAUUUGGAACAGAUUUUUUCGUGUGCGGAACAAAAAAUCCACUUCAAAUAAUUGAUAAAGUGCAUUGAAAGUGCAUUAUCCAACGUGUGCGGAAUCAACCAGAGAGCAUUAAGACACAAGUAUAUACAGAAAUUUUACAAAGGCAGGAUGCCUUCUGCUUUCUCACACACACAGGCUGCUUCUUUUGGUUUUCAAGUUUAAUUGCUAAUUUCUUUAGGCUUCUGUUUCCACCACGGAUUAAAGUAGCUUGGUAACUUUCUUUCAAGGGUUUUCUUUGCUUGUCUGAAAUAACGUUCUUAUUUUAAAUCUUCAGGUACCAAAAGGAUAGCUGUUAUUUUUUAGGAAUAAAUGACAUGAAUCUUGCAAGCCGAUGCUUUGAAUUGGUUGUUUUGGUGCAAUUAUGAGCACAAAAACUUUCAUCUAGGGAAGUUUUAAAAAGCCAACUUUUUUAACUUCUGAAAAUAAA